AUGAUGCAAAAUGGUUUCGUUCUAAUCCUUUUCCAUCUUUUAUUGUCAGUGGUGCCGCCUGGCAGGGGAGUUGAAUGGGAGGGAAGCUCUGAUGACCAGAAACACGGUUCACAUCAUCAAUUUUUUAACGUCAGUGAAAAUGAACGACUUCUCUCCAAGUUGAGGUUGCCAUUUCGUCUUUCGCUAACGUCUGUGAAGGAAACGACCGAUCUUGCACGUGAGGUCGUUUUCCUUCAAAGGGUAGGAGGGAUGUGCCCGCGUUUGGAUAUGUGGGAAAGGGUAGAGGUUUUGUUCGGAAUUGGAACUCCUUUAGAGGAAAAGUAUGGCGUGGAGCGACUGGAGUUGGUGCAAGCACUUCUUGAACCAGCCGUCAUCCGUUUCCAUGAAGAUGAUUUGGAGACGGUUAGCGAUCCCCUGGGGUUUAUUGGUCUGAUGGUGCAGGGACAGGGUACGGUCAUUUGGGUCCACUUCUCCGAGUUGGUGGUAUCUCAUAUGGUCGGGCAACCCCCGAGCCUCAAUGUUAAUGUGGUUGCUGUAUUUCAGCGCGUUGAGCGAUGGGCAAAGAAAACGAGGUUAAACAGACACCGGCUGCAAAUGGAGGCGGAGUACGCCAGAGUGCGCAGUGAGCAUUUGAUAGCCAUCGAUCAUGAUCGACAUAAGAUGAAAGAGGAGGCGACAGAACGGCGGCGUCGAAAAGAAUUCUUACGUGAUCUAAGGGAGUUUAAUAAACAAAACUCACAAGGUACCGUACAUCAUAAUAAAGGGUUGGAGAAUGCCGGCUUAAGUGACGACGGAGCAGCGGUUCGAGAGCAGAUCGGCACUCGGUGUGAGAAUAUACGGCAUGCCAUACGAACGGUUAAAAGUCAGGGAGUUCCAACUACAGAAACUCGAAUGCAGUACUUGCUAAAGAAGGAAGGAAGGGUUUGCGUCACGCCACUGGAAGAGGAGGAUAGUAACCUGACCGACGCGGAUGUGUGUGAUAUUCGAUGUCUUGCCUAUUGUGACGGCGUGAGUGCGUUGCACAAUUGGUCGGAGCGUAGUGGUUCUUCCAAUUCCGUCUCUCAACUACAUGCCUUGUACCAUACCGUACUGUUUAAUAGGACGAAUUCAAGCAUGAGCGUGUCAAAUGAUUACCUCAGUUACCUGCGGCAGCUUGUAAUGGAAGAUGUAGAGCGCGGAGUAUUUUCCACUUGCAGCGACAUCUGUAGCCCAUCACCUAGUUUGCGCAAGGAAAUGAACUUCUUCGCCGGGGUGCUGGCUCUUCUCGAUAAUGGUGGAAUGAGGAAUAAGACUGCGCAGAAGGUAAAGUUAGCUCGCGUUGAUAGUGAGUGGUGGUUUAGAGCUCGAAGCGGUUACCUACGCAUUUGGGCAGCUGCGCGCUCCGGUUCUGAGAGGGCCCUGAAAGCUCUCGCAACGAUGAGGGAGAACGGUAUGCUCACACCGCAACAAAGUCGAAUGGCACUGAUCUUCUUGCAUGUAUCUCUCGCCCAAGACAAAAGUUCCAUAUGGAACAUAGCAGCUGAAACCUUGACGGCCCCGCGCGGCUCAUCGUUUUCCAUUCCUAUGGGAAAACUGCUCAGGACGGAGCGUUUUUUUGGUAUGGAGAACAGCUGGAGUGCUGUGAACGAGCCGUACAUGACUCGGUCGUAUGUCGGCGCUGUUGGUGUUGAAGCUGACGGCGGGAACGAUGAUGAGCGAGAGGGCGCAUUAUAUUAUGCACCAUCACAAAGUGUGCAACGUGAUAUUUUUAUUGCUAAAUUGUAUAUUGCUGGAAUUAAGGGCGUUCAACGAGACAUGCAACGCGCUGAGUGUCUUUUACUCACUAUCCUACGCAAACUGGAGUACACAUGCGAUGUGGAGCACGCUGCCAGUGAAGAUGAGGUUUAUUUCUCCGGUGGUGGUCGUGGAGGUGGCUGCGAAGAGCAUAUGGAUCAGCUGAGGGUACUGCGGUACAAGUUACCAGCUUUGGGGCGGUGCAGGUUUUCCACGACCGGGAACAACACGGCUUCCGCCUCGAGAACUGAGGCGUUAUUGCGAUUUGGAGGGAUGUCAUGGUCGGAAGAAAGUUUUCCACUACUUCACGAUACUUUGUUGUUGCUUAGCUAUAUUCAUUUGGUGGAUGGCUUGAAGUUUAACUUGUCCGCAAAGUAUGCUUUUCAGGCUAUUCAGUUAGGUGCGGCAGCAUUUCAUACGGCGUUGCGGAGCAUUCCCGAGGCGGUAGUAGCCGAAUUUUAUGCGUACAGAAACAACUCAGAGCGUCUUAAGGUUUUAAUGAGAGGAAGAAAACCUCCAGCGUCAUCCUUGCUUAUGCACGCUAUGCGGCGAGGUGAACCUCGGGAUGACCUGGAAGAUUUUACACGGUCGGGGUUUUUAACAUCUGAGGCGCUUUUGCUCCUAGCGGUAGCAGCUCCGCAACUGGGCGCUGAAGGCGAACAACUCAUGAGAGUUGUUGCCGAGUCUUUCUACGGUAGCGCUUCCUGUGUCGAGCAUCCUAGCCGAUCAUCGUGCGUCAUACAACUCAGUUUCUUUUUGCUGCGUGAAGCCGCAAGGUUGUGGAAGGAUGAGGAGCGUGAACCUAGCGUCUUCGACAGUAGCUACGGGUCUCCUCACCGCGCCGAUCCCUUUUUGUUGAUGGCUUUGUUGCUGCAGAAGGGGAAAAUAACUGUCGAGGAUAUACGACAGGGAAGCGUGUUUAAUAAGGCGCUCUAUGCCCCCAGCACUUCACAUGUGUUACGGCCAACCGCAGCCGACACACGGGAUAGCUACGUCUCGAAGAUACUAAAACUGGCGAGACAGACAUCCCCGUAUAUCCUAAAACCGAUAGCAAGGGAGAACAGCAAGAACGGGCGAAGGUUUAUGGACAACUCCACAACCUUACGUGAAUUCCAAGCCACACGCCUUGCCAUACAACGAAGCCUUCACGAGCACGACAUCCUGCCUUUGCUAGUUGUCAGCGACCUCCAUGAUUAUUUGUAUGAAAAUGGGUGGACACGUAUCCAGCGUUUUCUAGGCAACUUGUGGGACACCAUUUGUGCACCCUUCACGAAAUUGAAGGAAGAAUACCUUGAGGAGCAGUUCGCCGAAGAGGUGAUAUCUGAAAAGCAGGGAGGCAAUGCUUUGACUACCAUUGCCGAGAAACUGGCCGAGUCCAUAUCUGCAUCUAAUUCCGUUCGGGAGGGGUCGAUUGCAUUGCAGUUACUCUCUGCAGCAUUGCUAUCUGGUGAACCUGAUGGGUUUUCGAUUCUUCUCACCGAGGAAAUGGACCGUAAGAACCAGCAUCUAAGUAGUUUCGCUGUCUUUUUGUCUGAACAUCUUUGGUGUCGCGGUACGAUCACCGGGGUCUGGGUGGAAGAACAUAAGGCCGCGCAGUGGCACGACAAAAAACCAAAAACUAGAGGAUAUGGGGCUCUGUUUGACGUUAACACGCAAGCCCCUUUUGACUACACGCUUUCGGAGUCGCGUCUCGAGAUGUUUGCAUUACUUGCUUUAAAGCGUGCAUUGAGCAGACAGGCAUCCACUUCCCAUGGUGAUGUCAUAUCUUCGUCGGCAAAUCGGUCCCUCUCGCAGGAAGAAGUAGACAAGUCUGUCGGUGAGUUGGCGUUGUGCGGUGGCGUGUUGAUCGGCACCUUUUUGGAGAAACAGCGACCUUUCCCACCACAUAAACCCUAUGAGGGGAUGCAUCUUCCUGUGGGGAAUUCCCGUUGCUUGCGCCAACUGCUGAAACAUAUCGAGAUAACUGGAGUUUCACCCUUUAAAGGUAUUAGUGCAGCUGAGGUGGAAAUAUGGCUGUUGAAUACACUAGUUAGUUUCACUGAACUGCAGUCUAAAUAUUACACAAUCUCCCUGUUGGGGAGGUACCGCGGUCUCUCGUCAAAGAAGGAAGAAUGGGAGGGGAGACGGCUCCGCAAGCGGCUUGUGGAACCGUGGCGGAGAGUCAAUGGCGAGGAAUGGACUGAAAUGUGGGUUCCCGACGUUGGCGAAGGGGCGGUGUACAACAGACGGUUGCACGACAUUUCCGGGACGUACCUUGGCGCCCGUGUGAAGUGGUUCUUCAAGAAUGUUAUUUUCUAUGGAAGCCACUUGCUUCGCUGGUUUUGGUAA